AAAAGCCAACGGGAGUCUGCGAUUAGGAGUCACUUCCACUAUCGACAGUGUCACAUAAGACAGAGGAGACUCACUGGCAGAGCUGACAGAACGGCCGGAUCCAUAAUUUCGCCUUCAAAAUGUCAAAAGUAUUCAAGAAGACCAGCGGGAACGGACAUAUCGCCCUGUACUUGGGGAAGAGAGACUUUGUUGACCAUGUGGAUUCAGUGGAUAUAGUUGAUGGAGUGAUUAAAGUGGACCCUUCUGGUCUUAAUGGCAGAAAAGUAUUUGUCUACCUUGCCUGUGCUUUCCGCUAUGGAAGUGAAGACUUGGACGUCAUUGGGCUGUCCUUCAGGAGAGACAUCUGGGUCCAGCGUGUUCAGGUGUAUCCACCUACAGGUGAUAGCACGGCGAAAACGCCAAUGCAGGAAUCCCUCCUGAAGAAAGUUGGAGAGCAAGGAUGUCCCUUUUCCUUCCAGAUGCCACCAAAUCUUCCAUGCUCAGUCGGCUUACAGCCUGGGCCAAAUGACUCUGGCAAGGCUUGUGGCGUGGACUUUGAGGUCAAAGGAUACAUUGCUAAUGUAGCUGACAGUGCAGAUGAAGUCAUUGAUAAGAAGGAUACUUGCCGUCUGAUGAUCCGUAAAAUACAGUUUGCACCUGCGAGCAACAACCCCGGGCCCAAGGCUGAUAUAUGCAAACAGUUCAUGAUGAGCGACAAACCAGUCCACUUGGAAGCCGCCCUUGAAAAAGAGAUUUACUACCACGGAGAUCCGAUCUCUGUCAAAGUGAAAAUUAAUAAUGAAACCACCAAGACUGUGAAGAAAAUCAAAGUCUCAGUCGAGCAGCUAACAAAUGUGGUCCUCUACUCAUCUGACACUUAUGUCAAGGAGGUCUGUGCUGAGGAGUUUGGAGAGACAGUAAAUGCCAACUCUACACUUGAGAAGUCCUUCAAAUUAACCCCCCUGCUGUCCAACAACAAGGAGAAGCGAGGUCUGGCAGUGGAUGGACGCCUAAAAGAUGAGGACACCCACUUAGCAUCUACGACUCUGAGUCAAGGGGAAAAGGAGAUGCAGGGAAUCAUCAUCACCUACAAAGUCAAGAUAAACCUGAUGGUGUCCAGUGGAGGCCUGCUGGGUGGUCUGACAGGAAGCGAUGUCACUGUGGAGCUUCCGCUGACUCUGAUGUCCCCAAAACCUGCAGAAGUCACAUUGGAUUAAAGGCCCUCUUUAGUUCAAAUGAUGUCCACUCAGAUUCAGGCAGACAUCACGCUGGAGUCCGCAGACGGAUGAGACAACCAAGGAAAAUCAUCUCUCUAACAGAGAAACAGAACGCAAAGGAACUCGGCACCAGUGAAGACAAACCGCAAAGUGUCAUACAGUUGCUGCUUACUUACUUACUCACUGCCCAUUAUGCCUCCUGGCAUGUAGGGCAGCAUACGGUUGCUACACUGUUAUCAUUUGCCCUGUACAUAAACGUUUUAAUUUCCAUGUUGAUUUGCAGUGUGUGAAAAUUCUCUGCAGUCCCUCUUAGGUUCGCAUAGUUAAACACGGGCUGUACAUUGUCUGUCCGCUAAGAUAAAGCAUAGGCAUUACUGCUCAUGUUGCUGCAGAGCUUAAUUUAUCCUUAACCUGUGUUGUUGUGUCAUUAGAGCAAUAAGAAUAUGAAUGAAUACAGCUGCGGGCUGAAUAUCUCCUAAACACUCUACUUGUGUCAGUCUUUAUGGAAAAGAAAAUUAAAUAAACAAACAUUCCCCCAAUG